UGAAAUGCUAUUUGUCCUUGCAAUAAUAGUGUAAUUUCUAAAAGCAGGCACACCACCCAUGAAGGCAACACUGAGAUACCUAGCUGGAGUUGCAGGCCCUAGUGGUUUUGGCUCCAAUUCAACUGCUGAGCAAGUUACUCAAAAUUGCUCUUGCUCCCUUCCUUCCCAUCUAACUGCUCUCAUCACUGGGGCCAGUUCUGGUGUUGGAGCUGAAACAGCAAGGGUAUUAGCAAAGAGAGGAGUGAGAGUUGUGAUUGGUGUGAGGGACUUGAGGAAGGGAAAGGAAGUGAGAGACAAUAUAUUGAAGGAGAGUCCAAAUGCUGAGGUUAUUCUGUUGAAGAUUGAUCUUAGUUCUUUUGCUUCUGUACACAGAUUUUGUUCCCAGUUUUUAGCUUUAGAUCUUCCUCUCAAUAUUCUCAUAAACAAUGCAGGGAUAUUCUCUCAAAACUUGGAGUUCUCUGAAGACAAAAUUGAGAUGACAUUUGCUACAAAUUACUUAGGUCAUUUUUUGUUAACAGAAACCUUACUAGACAAAAUGAUAGAAACGGCAGAGAAGACAGGAGUUGAAGGAAGAAUAAUAAAUGUUUCUUCUGUCAUUCAUAGCUGGGUGAAGAGAGAUGGUUUUCAUUUCAACGAUAUACUCAAUGGAAAAAGUUAUAAUGGCACACGCGCUUAUGCUCAGUCAAAAUUGGCCAAUAUUUUGCAUGCCAAGGAAAUAGCCAGACAACUCAAGGAAAGGAAUGCAAGAGUAACUAUAAAUGCAGUACAUCCAGGCAUUGUGAAGACAGGAAUUAUUAGAGCUCAUAAGGGCUUAUUAACGGAUUCUCUAUUUUUCAUCGCAUCAAAGUUACUCAAAUCAAAAUCACAGGGUGCAUCAACAACGUGUUAUGUGGCUCUAAGCCCAAAACUAGAAGGUAUAAGUGGGAAAUACUUUACAGAUUGCAAUGAGAGUAAGUGCUCAAGCCUAGCAAAUGAUGAAUUGGAAGCUCAAAAACUAUGGAACAAUACCUAUGCUUUACUUCAAAAACGACUACGCCAAGCAACACUUUGAUAAACUAUAUACUUUCUUCAAGCAGGAUCAAACAUCAAUUGUAACUGUAUAUUACAUAAUUAUACAUUCCCUGUGUAGCUCCACUUUGAUUUUGUUGUACAUAUAAGAGUGCACAAAGCAUAUAAUCUCUCUGCUAUAAUAAAGAUAUAUAUAGCUGAUAUAUACUCUACAAAUCAAAUAUGAGAGCAAAAUUAAGCUUA